AUGGAUGAUGUUGGGGGCUUUGCGCCCCUCAGUGCUGAGUGGAAAUCAGUCUUGCAGGACUCAAAGCCUGGCUGCUGCGUUGCUGAUGUGGCAGAUGUCGGGAACAGAAAGAAAGUUGCGAUGAUGCGAUGGUGCUUGGCAGAAUGCCACCGGCAAGUGCAAAGGCAGAGGGCCAGAGAGGCCUUGUGCAUUAGCCUUGCGCAAGACCAGCGUGGAAGGCGGUUCCUCGUCAGAUUCAGGAACCCCGAUUUGGAAGUUUGCGAGGGCACCUUGCAACUGAUCAAAGCCAGUUCUUCACCGGACAAUCCUGGAGCUCAAGGCAUCAGGGAAAUGACAUUGAAGGCCUUGCAAAGCAAUGACAUGAUGAACAAGGUCGAAUGUAUGGCAGCGGACGCUGCAGCUGAUGAACAGAGGGCCAUGAGGGACCUCGCAGGAAUCAGCGGGCCUGACAUCAUGCAACUUCAGGAUGUCAUGGGUCAAGCGUUCAAAAAUUCGAAGGUGUUGGGCAAAGAUAGAGCUCACCCAGCGCAAAGGAUGCUGAGCCGACCAUUGGCUGCUGACCCACAACUCAAGGAGAUUGCGGACGAGUUUGUAGAAAAACCGCAGUCGGUGGCUCGCCUGGUGGCCAACAGAGCUGCGUGCUUAGCAUCUUUGCAGUUCCUCAGCGCUGAGAAGGCCUUACUCCUGGGCAUGCUUGCCGACGCAGCCUUGGAAUUGCACAGGUUCGCGCGCGCCUGCGUCCAUGUUGGCCUCGCCAAGGUCAUGUUGCAGCACCUUGCAGAGCCACGGUUGAGAAAGCAGCUGGAGAAUGGAGAGCGCGCCAACUGCCUGCAAAAAUUUGCUGACGCCAUUGGUGUCAAUGGUGCAGCAUUGAAAUACGAGUUUGAGCAUUUUCUUCCGAUUGCUUCCAAGUUUGCCCACGUGGAAGGCCUGGAAAAUUUCCACGCGUGGCGCAAAGCAAUCCGGUGCACUCAGAAGAAUCGCAUGGCACACUCUGCAGAGGCCUUGAUUCCUGCAUUGGCACGACUGGGGUGCUGGAGCUGUAGCUCUUCAGGCUGUGAGCUGGGCUUCAGUGUAGCUCAGAACGUGAAGCAGCUGGGCCAAUCCCAAGAUGAGAACAUCAACUCCAAGGAGGUGCUCCUGAUACUACAACAGGACAUAAUGACUUCUUCCUUCUCCGAAGCAGAGGAGCAGAAAUUGAUCUCUGCAGCUUCCAAGCUCUGGUCUCAGCAUUGCAGCCGUGUGCGCACAAGUGGUUCUUCGAAGCGAGUGCAACGUUGGGAUAAAAACAUCCCCAGGAAGAAGCUCAAAGAUGGCGAAGCUGGUUUUCUUCAGGGCUGCGCUAUGGUCAAUGAUGAGUUUGCAAACCCAGACAGUGCAGCCAGCUCGGUCCUUCCAAAAAGAGUCACAUCCGCAGAACAGAUUGCUCAAGUAUUUGGUGAAAAGCAAAUGGCUGAGAUCGCAUUUUGCGAUGAGGAGAGACGCAAGGCCGUCAUUGAAGAGCCGCUGCUUGUCGUGAUGCCUGCAUCUGACAUCACAGAUGAAAUGAGGACUUUGGCUGAGACUUACGCUGACAAACUUGCUAAGACCCAACGCGCUGCUUGGGUGGACAACUUGCCGGUCUAUGUCCAUGAUGUCCCCGCUGUGCACUUGCCGCCUGAAGUUGUCGUGGCACGUCACAUACAUGCAGGCAGAAUUUUCGCCUGCAAAGAUCCCACAGACGUGACUCCCCCUGUCCUUCUUUUUGCUGGUUUGGUCGGAGGUGUGCUUGGCAACAAGCUGUUUGUGGAAACGAAAGGAGCCCAUGGUAUCACAGUAGCGUACAAGCCUGCAAUCAAGACCAAGCGGCUCUUGUUUCUGACACCUGCGUUUGUCCAGGCGCACAGGGCUGAAUGUCUGCAAUUGACCGAGGUCUUGCAGUUGGUGGAUUGUAAGUGGCAACUUUUGAACCGAGAAGGCUUGAAUGACGCAAUUCCAAAAUUGAAUGCUGCCAAAGCUCGACAGUUGCUUGUUGUCCGCAAUGAUCCCACAGACGAAAGCUUCCCACAAGUGAGGCUUCAGUUCACCGGAUUGGAAGAGGCUGUCGCCCACUGA